ACUCAAAUGGCAAUAGAUAUGAUUUAUGGCAACGACGCUGUCGAAGACCUUUUGGUUAUUGAUCCACCUCUCUUCUUUCUGAGUCAAGAACAACAUCAUAGUCUUAUGCCAAAUGAAGAGUCCAUCACCAACAAGUUCUUCUCAUCAACACUUUACUCCGGUCCACGAAUCCAAGAUUUUGCUAACGUUCUGGCUGAUGUGGUUGAACAACAGACCCAACCAGGCCAAGAAAUCUCCAAACCAACGCUUCCACUAUUGGAAAGAACUAGUUUGAGCAAAGUGGAUAGGUACACUUUAAAGGUGAAGAAUAAUAGUAAUGGACUGAGUGAUGAUGGAUACAAAUGGAGAAAAUAUGGCCAAAAAUCCAUUAAAAACAGCCCUAACCCAAGGAGUUAUUACAAGUGCACAAACCCAAUAUGCAAUGCCAAGAAGCAAGUGGAGAGAUCAAUUGAUGAGCCUAAUACAUACAUUAUCACCUACGAAGGUUUCCAUUUCCACUACAACUACCCUUUCGUCCUACCGGAUACGACACAUUGGCCCAAUAAAAAGGCGAAAAUACUUAAACACGAUGAUCCAAUUAACAAAACAUCUCAAACCCAAGAAGAAACCAAACAAGCCCAUUUAACUGAGCCUGCCAACCAAAAUCAUCCAGCCCAUAAAGCCGAAGAAAACACACCGGUUAAUGAACUGUUUUUCCCGGUUGAUCACUGUCGGGGGCAACAAGGGCUUCUAGAAGAUGUGGUGGCUCCGGCAAUGAAAACUACUCUGGCCAGACACAGUGUUUUGGCAUCAUCUUGGUCUUCAUUGUCGUCGUCUUGUACUUCCUCCUCGUGCUCUUCUUCUCCACCUCUUUCUCCAUCUUCUUUAUGUUGGUCUCCCAAUGUUGACAUCACAUUUAGUGAUGAAAUUCUUGAAUUACUCCGUCGGAUCUCAUAACUUUUAAGCAUUUAUGUUUUAUGAUAUAUUUUUAAAUA